AUGUUGCUUUCUUCUUCUAUUUCAGUUCUGCUCAUUGCAGCAAAAAGUGUCAUUGGCAUUGCCCUCUUGUGUGCUUUUCUCCUUUAUAGGUGUCAUCGGAGGCAUUUAUCGAGGUAUGAUACAAUAGAAGAUUUCCUACAAACAAACAACGGCCUCAUACCCAUUAGGUAUUCAUACAAACACAUAAGGGCAAUGACCAACAACUUUAAGGAGAAAUUAGGUGAAGGAGGCUAUGGUUUGGUUUACAAAGGAAAAAUGCGGAGUGGAGAUGUAGUUGCUGUCAAGAUGCUGAACAAAUCAAAAGCUGAUGGGCAAGAAUUCAUUAAUGAAGUCACAACUAUUGGACAAAUUCACCAUGUGAACGUGGUUCGGUUGGUAGGAUUUUGUGUUGCUCCCUCGAAACAUGCCCUAGUAUAUGAUUACAUGCCGAAUGGCUCUCUGGAUAAGUUAAUUUUCUCAAAUAGUCAAAAUGGUCAUCCAUUGAGUUGGAAGCAAACUUGUGAGAUUGCAAAAGGAGUUGCUCGUGGGAUUGAAUACUUGCAUCAGGGGUGCAAUAUGCAAAUUCUGCAUUUUGAUAUUAAGCCGCAUAACAUCUUACUUGAUGAGAAUUUUGUUCCAAAAGUUGCAGACUUUGGACUCGCAAAACUUUACUCGAUGCAAAAGAGUGUUUCAAGUCUUACAGUUGUCAGAGGAACAUUAGGUUACAUGGCUCCGGAAUUGUUCUACAAAAAUAUUUGA